AUGACGUCCGGGGGACAGGACGACGUACCAAAACGCCAUAAGGAGGAUCAAACGUACGCGUACUUUCCAACAAUUCAAAGAGUUCAAUCAAGGCGCAAGAACAACCCUCUGCUGCUUUAUUCAUGGCUCCAACAACAGGUCCUUCACUGUCUCGUUGGCACCUCCUACGUUAUCGUCCUUACUGCAGUGAACGGGACAGGUGUCCCAGUGGGUGAUGGGAACUCGGGGUCACUUGCUUUUGUCCUGGUGCCAAUCUUCUUUAUAAUGGGCCUUCUGGGAGUCUUGUUAUGUCAUAUUCUUAAAAAGAAGGGAUACCGCUGCACCACAAAUGCUGAAGCAGACAUCGAAGAAGAAAAAAUAGAGGAAGAGCCAGAGAUGAAUGAUACCUUUAGUGAGUGCAAUGCUGAUACUGUUGGACAAAUUGUGCAUUACAUCAUGAAGAAUGAAGCUAACUCAGAAGCUUUAACGGCUAUGCUACAGGAUAACAAUAUUGACCCUGACAGUCCUACAUCUCCAAAUAGUCCAGGUAUCCAAAGUAUUCCAGCUAGCCCCGACACACCGUUGACACUUAAACCUGGUUCCACACCUUCUAAGCACACCUGUCAAGGCAACCACCUGCACACAGUCGGUGGGGUGGCUGAGAGGAACGUCUGCUCGCGCUGCAACCACAAGAAAUGGCCUCUAAUGCGACAAGGCAGCAAGUCAAGAGAAUUAAAGAGGAUUCGCCAAGGAGAGGUCACUGUGCUGUCUGUGGGGAGGUUCCGGGUAACAAAGACAGAGAACAAAUCCAAUCCAAAGCAACGAAAGAGUCUGAUUUCACAGGAUGAAAAGUCAGGUUCAAAUAGGGAAGUCCCUGCUACCCCUACACAAGAGGAAUCAAAGAGCAGAACCGUCUCAGAGUCGCAGGAACAAAGUAGUACUGACCUGUGAUGCAGUUUUUAAGUUCCUGGUAGUGGUGGUGCCAUGUCAUUAUUUGUCACUCCAUGCAAACAUUGUAAAGCAUAUGUACUUAUUUUCCACACCUGUUGUAACAAGAAAGCAAAUUACUUCAGUUUAUAGUUCCCUGGUGCCACGACAGAUUUUUUUUUUUUUUUUUUUUUUUUUUUUACUGGAAUGUAAAGUGCUCGUGGAACAUGAGCAAAACUUUAAUAUACUAGAAAACCGCACCAGAAAACGUUGAAAAUGUAUUAUUUACUGUCCAUUUUGCCUUUUGAGUAAAAUUUAAAUACACUUGUUUUAUUACUUUUCUUUUAUUUGGUACUAGCUUCGUAUUGCAUAAAAUGUGUUCACGUUUACAGUAAUUCAACAAUAACAGUACUUUAACACACAUUUUGUAUGUGCAGCUGUGUAAAGGACAAGGAUAAAUCUGUUGUCCACGUUAUGUGAAUUUCUACUGUCAGCAAUAUGUAUUUUUUUUGUAAUAAAAAAUAAAACUAACUUUUUA